AUGAGGCUGAUAAAAAGACAAAAAGGCACUAUUUUUCAAAUAUUCGCCGCUAUUGUAGCGAAUUUAAUGGCUAUAUCUGAUGGCAUGACGGUCGGAUGGUCCUCGCCCAUGAUACCUUAUUUCCUAAGUGAAAAAAGCCAUAUUAAAAUGUCGGAGUACGAAGCUCAGUGGUUGGAAACUUGGUUAUUAAUGGGCGCUAUUAUCGGUCUACCGUUUACCGUAUAUUUCGUUAGUAAAAUAGGGAGAAAAAAAUCGCUGCUCUUGGCAUCUUUUAUGCUCGCCAUCGCUUGGGUGAUAAUAGCAUUAGCGAAUAAUUUGGUUUAUUUGUACGUGGCUAGAGUAAUUGCUGGAAUGGGUGGAGAUAUGGCAUUCGUGGCAGCGCCGUGUUACAUUGCGGAAAUAGCUGAUCAAAAAAUCCGCGGAUUCCUCUCGAGCAUUAUUUACCUGAUGAUGCUAAUAGGAAUUCUCACGAUAUACAUUACAGGAGCCUACUUACCCUACUACGUUCCUUCUAUUAUCGGAAUUUCUUUGUUGCUCGUAGAGCUGAUAAUAUUUUCACUUCUACCGGAAACUCCAUAUUACUUGCUUUACAAUAAUCACAAAGCAGCAGCUGAAAAAUCUCUGGCAUUCUAUAGAGGCAAUUCUUCGAUAUCCAAAGAAAUAGAGGAUAUAGAACUGGCCGUCACAAGGCAACAAUCCGAGGAAAAAGGCGGCUUAAAAGAUAUACUAACAGUAAAAAGUUAUAGAAAAUCGUUAUUAAUAAUGACAAUUUUAAACGCAGCCCAACAAUUCGCCAGCAUAAACGUUAUACUGAUGAAUAUGCAUCAAAUUUUGGAAGCAGCUGGAUCAAUUUACUUGGAACCUUCGACCACUGCGAUAUUAUUUGCGAGCAUUAUGUUUUUAGCUGCCGCUCUGGCCUCCGGAACGGUCGAUAAAUUCGGUCGAAAAAAAUUAUUAUACUGUUCCAGUAUUUUAACGGGAAUUUGCCUUCUGACGUUGGCCAUAUAUUUUCACAUAAAAGAAACGGGACACGAGUACGAGCACAUUAGUUGGAUUCCGCUGGCCUCGGUUAUGGUUUACGCACUGGUGUACAAAUACGGGUUAGGUAUGGUCCCCAUAGUCAUAACGGCGGAGAUAUUCGCAUCGAAAAUAAAAGCGCUCGGAAUGGCUUUGGUCGAUGGAAUUUACGUCGGUUCCGCCAUUAUUACCAUACAAAUGUACAAUUUAUUGAAGGAUUCUUUAGGUCUGUAUGUACCGUUCUAUGCUUUUGCUGGUUGUUCAUUUCUUACAUCUUUGUACGUGAUAUUUUGCAUACCGGAGACUAAAGGGAGGACUCUGGACGAAAUUCAAUUGAUACUCGAAGGGAAGAUCAAAUGA